AAUGUGAGCAAAAAACCAGAAAAAAUGAGCAGCGCGGAAUUUUGCCGCCUCAAGCUCUCCUCCUCACCCACCUUAUCCCCAAUCCCGAACCUCGCCUCCGCCUCCGCCUCCUAUGGCGCCUCUUCACCUUCUCUCUACAGCAGCAGGUGCAGAUUAUCUGUUGUUGUUCCUUCUCAUUAUCAUUAUGCCGUCAGCGCAAGGUGCCGUCGGCCCAGAUAUCGCGUCUCUUGUCACGCCACUACUGACGUGCAAUCCAAACAAGUUCCCUCCUCUGAUGAGGUCGAAUUGUCCGCCCUAGUUGGCCGAGAUCGUCUUCUCAAGGUUCCUACCUCAAAAAUUAGAAAUUUCAGCAUUAUUGCACACAUUGAUCAUGGGAAGUCAACAUUGGCAGACAAGUUGCUUCAAAUGACUGGUACAGUGCAGAAGCGAGAGAUGAAGGAUCAGUUUCUUGAUAACAUGGAUCUAGAGAGAGAAAGAGGCAUCACUAUCAAACUACAGGCUGCUCGAAUGCGCUUCAUGUACAAAAAUGAACCAUAUUGCCUCAAUCUUAUUGAUACUCCAGGGCAUGUGGACUUCUCUUAUGAGGUUUCCCGUUCUCUUGCUGCAUGCGAAGGUGCUCUUCUUGUUGUAGAUGCUUCUCAGGGAGUGGAAGCUCAGACCCUGGCGAAUGUUUAUUUGGCUUUAGAGAACAACCUAGAAAUAAUCCCAGUUUUGAACAAAAUAGACUUACCGGGUGCUGAACCAAGUCGUGUUUCCCAAGAGAUUGAAGAGGUUGUUGGUUUGGAUUGUAGCAGUGCCAUCUAUUGUUCUGCAAAGGAGGGUAUAGGUAUAACUGACAUUUUGAAUGCCAUUGUUAAGAGGAUUCCCCCACCUCAGGAUACUGCUGAAAGACCUUUAAGGGCUCUAAUAUUUGAUAGUUAUUAUGAUCCAUAUAGGGGUGUUAUUGUAUAUUUCCGGGUUAGUGAUGGGAGUAUAAAGAAAGGAGACAGAAUCAUUUUCAUGGCCAGUAAAAAGGAUUAUUUUGCUGAUGAAAUUGGAGUUCUCUCACCCAAUCAGUUGCAAGUUGAUGAACUCUAUGCUGGUGAGGUGGGUUACCUUUCAGCUUCGAUAAGAUCGGUAGCAGAUGCUAGGGUUGGUGACACUAUUACUCACUACAGUGGACGGGCAGAACAAUCAUUGCCUGGAUAUAAAGAAGCCACUCCAAUGGUAUUCUGUGGCCUGUUUCCCGUUGAUGCUGACCAGUUUCCUGAGUUACGUGAUGCAUUGGAGAAGCUGCAACUUAAUGAUUCUGCAUUGAAGUUUGAACCCGAAACAUCAAGUGCAAUGGGUUUUGGCUUUAGGUGCGGUUUUUUGGGGCUUCUACACAUGGAAAUUGUUCAGGAAAGGCUUGAAAGGGAAUAUAAUUUGACACUAAUAACUACAGCACCAAGUGUUGUAUAUCGAGUGAACUGCAUUGAUGGUGAAACUGUUGAAUGUUCAAAUCCAUCCCUGCUUCCUGAAUCUGGAAAAAGGAGGUCAAUUGAAGAGCCAUUUGUGAAGAUAGAGAUGCUUACUCCCAAAGAUUAUAUUGGUUCAUUGAUGGAGCUUGCUCAAGAUCGACGAGGAGAGUUCAAAGAAAUGAAAUUUAUUACAGAAGCUAGAGCUUCCAUCACAUACAACUUACCUCUAGCAGAGAUGGUAGGGGAUUUUUUUGAUCAGAUGAAGUCAAGAAGUAAGGGUUAUGCUAGCAUGGAAUAUUCUUUUGUUGGGUACAAGGAAAGUGAAUUGAUAAAGCUUGACAUUUUGAUAAAUGGGGACCAUGUGGAACCCUUGGCAACUAUCGUGCAUAAAGAUAAGGCAUAUGCAGUAGGGAGGGCUUUGACGAAAAAAUUAAAGGAACUUAUACCACGACAAAUGUUUAAAGUUCCCAUCCAAGCAUGCAUAGGUUCCAAGGUGAUUGCAAGUGAAUCAUUGUCUGCAAUUAGGAAGGACGUUCUAGCCAAAUGCUAUGGUGGGGACAUUACAAGGAAAAAGAAGUUGCUCAAAAAACAGGCUGAAGGGAAGAAGAGAAUGAAGGCAAUCGGCAAGGUUGAUGUACCUCAGGAAGCAUUCAUGGCUGUAUUAAAACUUGAGAAGGAGGUCUUGUGACCAUCUAUUUGACAGCUUUUGACCCUACUAUUUCAUGGACAUGUAUAGAGCUAAAUUUAUUGUGGCAAAGAUGCAAACGGCAGGUGUUAAUUUGUAAUUGGUGUUAGUGGUUUGUAUCAGCUAGCUUUGUCCGGCAAUUAUAAUGCUUCAAGAGAAAUUCAUUAGUUGGUAGUGAUGUUUGGAGUGGAA